AAGUUUAAAGUUGAAUUGUUUCUAAAUAUAGAAAUUUAUUCUUUUUGGGACUUACUAAAAAGGAAAUAGUGCCACAUAAAUUGGAAUUGAGGGAGUGUAAUUAAUCAUGUUGAGGAUAUAAACUCAUUGUUUAUGAAAAGCAAUUGAAAAUAGAGUCUCACUGGAUGAUGUAUACUCUGUUGAUGGACUUCAGACACAACUUGUCCCCAAGAGUGCAUCAUGCAUGUUUUCUGUUUGUUCUUUUGAAAUCUAUAUGUAUUAAUCAGUAUGUCGCUACUAAGUUAAUCAUUUGUUUGAGCAGUUGCUAAUUUGUCUUUCGGAGCUUAUAAACACUAAGUUUUCAGACUAAUUAGCUGCUGAAUUAGUAUUCUUCUAUACUAUUUUUAUCUUCAGAGGGAUAAAUUCUUUUUGUUUGAUGAAUUGAUGUCCUUUUGCUGCAGUGGUGUUGAUAAUAUAGAGUGAGCGAUUCAUUGAGGUGAUUGUCCAUCAUGGAUUGCAACUGCUUUGAUCCACAAUGGCCCGCUGAUGAGUUGUUAAUGAGAAAUCGGCUGUUUUUCCGUAUCGAUGGGUGCUCGUGCAAUUUGGUGCUUUCAUAAUUCUCUGUGGAGCAACACAUCUUAUCAACUUAUGGACAUCUACCGCCCAUACGAGGACUGUGGCAAUAGUGAUGACUAUCGCUAAGGUCUUCACUGCUGCGGUAUCAUGUGCAACUGCUGCCAUGCUGGUGCACAUUAUUCCGGAUCUAUUAAGUGUCAAAACUAGGGAGCUCUUCUUGAAAAACAAAGCGGCAGAGCUUGAUCGUGAAAUGGGUCUUAUUCGGACACAGGAGGAGACAGGUAGAUAUGUUAGAAUGCUAACGCAUGAAAUUAGAAGUACUCUGGAUAGACAUACUAUUUUGAAGACUACACUUGUUGAACUUGGAAGAGCAUUGGGACUGGAAGAGUGUGCAUUGUGGAUGCCAACUCGAACUGGACUGGAACUUCAACUUUCUUAUACUCUACAUCAUCAAAAUCCAGUUGGAUUUACAGUACCAACACAACUUCCUGUAAUUAAUCAAGUUUUCAGUACAAAUCGUGCUGUUAAAAUUUCACCAAAUUCUCCCGUUGCAAGGCUUCGACCUGCCGAGAAGUACAUGCCAGGUGAGGUGGUUGCUGUUAGGGUCCCACUUCUGCAUCUCUCAAAUUUUCAGAUUAACGAUUGGCCUGAGCUUUCUACAAAGCGCUAUGCUUUGAUGGUUUUGAUGCUUCCUUCCGAUAGUGCAAGACAAUGGCAUGUCCAUGAAUUGGAGCUUGUUGAAGUGGUAGCUGAUCAGGUAGCUGUCGCUCUCUCACAUGCUGCCAUCUUGGAGGAAUCAAUGAGGGCUCGGGAUCUUCUUAUGGAGCAGAAUGUGGCUCUUGAUCUGGCAAGAAGAGAAGCAGAAAUGGCUGUUCGUGCGCGUAAUGAUUUCCUGGCUGUUAUGAAUCAUGAAAUGAGAACUCCCAUGCAUGCAAUAAUUGCACUUUCAUCUUUGCUGCAAGAAAGUGAGCUGACACUGGAGCAGCGUCUGAUGGUGGAAACAAUCCUUAAGAGCAGCAACCUUUUAGCAACCCUUAUCAAUGAUGUCUUGGAUCUUUCAAGGCUAGAGGAUGGAAGCCUUCAACUAGACGUUGGGACUUUCAAUCUUCAUGCUCUCUUCAGAGAGGUCCUUAACUUAAUCAAGCCUAUUGCAUAUGUGAAAAAGCUGUUUGUUACGCUUAGUUUAUCUUCAGAUUUGCCGGAAUUUGCUACUGGAGAUGAGAAACGGCUUAUGCAAAUUCUUCUAAAUGUUGUUGGCAAUGCUGUAAAAUUCUCAAAAGAAGGCAGUGUGUCAAUUUCUGCUGUUGCUGCAAAAUCAGAAUCUUUAAAAGAUCCUCCCAAGUUGUUUCCUGUGCAAAGUGAGAAUCACUUCUAUUUACGUGUGCAGGUAAAAGAUACAGGAUCAGGCAUUAAUCCUCAGGAUAUCCCCAAGCUGUUCUGUAAAUUUGCGGAAAACCAGGCACUAGCAACUAAAAAUUCCGGUGGCACUGGGCUUGGCCUUGCAAUUUGUAAGAGGUUUGUUAAUCUUAUGGAAGGACAUAUUUGGAUUGAAAGUGAAGGUCUCGGCAAGGGGUCUACUGCUAUAUUUAUAGUUAAACUUGGCAUUCCUGGCCGCUCAAAUGAGUCUAAGCUUCCCUUUAUGCCCAGAUUGCCUGCAAAUCACAUGCCGAUGGCUUUUAAAGGACUAAAGGUCUUGGUUAUGGAUGAUAAUGGGUUUAGUAGGAUGGUAACCAAGAGUCUGCUAGUGCACCUAGGUUGCGAUGUAACAACUGUUGGUUCUGGUGAUGAGUGCUUGAGAGUUCUUAGUCAGGAACACAAAGUAAUAUUCAUGGACGUGAGGAUACCAGGUAUAGACUGUUAUGAAGUUGCUGUAAAGAUACAUGAGAAAUUUGGGAAACGUCACGACAGGCCACUGAUUGUGGCAGUAACGGGGAACACUGACCGAGUGACAAAAGACAACUGCCUGAGAGUUGGCAUGGAUGGAGUUAUUCUGAAACCUGUUUCAGUUGACAAAAUGAGAAGUGUUUUAUCCGAGCUUUUAGAGCAUGGAGUUGUUCGUCAAUCCCAGUGAAAGAGUAAAUGUUUGUCAAGACCUGAUACGCUCAAAUGCAAGAGUGUUGUUGUAAAUGCAUUUCUCGGCUUUUGGGCAAAAUGAAGAGUUGUUCACAAUGAUGGCCCGAUAUGCUAAUUGCAGGUUCAAAUAUAUUGUAGAAAUUAAAGUGGUUUCACGAUGAUGUAAUUGUCAAUAGAACUGUAUAAAGAAUUAGUUAGUUCUACAUCUAUGAAUAUGAAGGAGAAGGGGUCAGUUUUCCUGGAAGGUUGGAGCAAGCAUGUUUAAUCCUCUCUUCUUUUUGGGGGUGCUAAAAUAAUUGAAAACAUUUGUAUAAAUGUAUAUGACAUGUAUGACCUUAGCCUGAAAAUUGGAGCAAAAGUUGAGUUUCGUUUUGCUCAUAAACUGGUAUCUUUAAGAAGGAUCAAAUUAAGGA